ACCAACCGAUAGCAACUCAACAUGGCCCACAAGUUUACUUGCUCGCUGCUCCUGCUCGCCGCUGUUGCCUCUGUGGCUCUGGCGGAGCCAGCCAGAUUCCGCAGUCGCUCCUCCCGGUUCCAACUGGCUCGACAGGAGGAGGCACCGCAGGACUCAGCGGAUCCCUCUCUUGACGUUGCCCCGACGCCAGCCUCGGCGCCCUAUCCAGCAGCGGGUGUCACUCCCGAGGUGCCCUUCGACCUGCCCACGGAGACAGAGGCGCAGCCAGAUCUGACAUAUGGCCCGCCCGCUGAGCCGGACAACACGUACGGACCCCCUGCCGAGCCGGACAACACCUAUGGGCCUCCUGCUGACGCUGCUCCAGCGGAUCAGGACCAAUUAGAUGAUUCCUUAGCUGCAGAGCCCAUUCCUGCCAGUCUAAUCCAGCCACGCAACGGUCGCCUUCGCAGUCGCCGUCCAGUGCCAGAGAAGUUCCGGUCCGCCCAGAUCAUACGCUCCAGACCAGUUAUGGUGUAUACCAUCUGAGUCAAGGGAAAUUUUUACUUCAAGGAAUGUUUUUUAUCCGAUUCGAACCAAAGGGAAACAUUAGGAUUUCAUAUUAGGAU